AUGUUCCGUAAAUCUCUAUUCUACGACGACCUAUCUACGAAUAUGAUCCCACCAGCUCUCCUGUUUUCGAUGUUUGCAGUUUCUUCCAGAUUCGCCGGCACAAGCUGUUACGCUGGCUCAGGCUCUUCUACUCAACCGCAGGAUUACUUCGAUGCUGCUUAUAAAGGAUUCCGUCAGGAAAUGGAUCGGAAUCGACCAGUGGAGUUGAAUGACGUCAAAGCCGCAUGUCUCCUCGCAUUAUAUGACUACACAUCAGCGCCCAGCCGUCGGGCAUGGCUGCUUGUUCGAGAUGCCAUGAGUCUCGCUCUGGCUGCCCGGCUACACGAGAUCGACAGCCUAGACUCCUCACUAGAAUUCUCCGAUUCUGAAAAGGAAGAGCGACGAUUUGUGUGGUGGACAGUUUGGAAGUUAGACUGCACCGUCAACGUCUCAACGGUGACACCUUUCGGGAUCGAUUGUCGCAUGGUAGGAACUGCCUUGGUGUCGACGACUGUUCAAAACUUCACAGCCAACGCCUUGGGGCCAAUCGUACCGGUGAUUCCAGAAAUGGACCCAGUCAAGUCUUGGAGUUCGAUUUUGGCGCCCAAUUUACAGGAUACCGGAGAUGGGUUCAACACCCACUUAUAUGCGGUAUCCUUGUUACGCGCAGUCUCCGAAUGCCAACAGCGCCUCAGUGCGAAGCUUUGCCCCGAAGAGAUUUCCCGGGCAGAUACCCUCAAUCGCAUACUAUCCUCCCUCCAUCUCAUUUUACCGGACUAUUUCUUCAGUCCAACUAAGCGCCUUAUGGAGCAGGAACACGCACACAGAUUACGACUUGAGACUAAUAUCAUGCUGAACACGUUCGUCUAUUUCUCUCUUUACUUACUUCAUUUGCUGACCUGUCAAACCACUAGUGCGCGCCUUAUUUUACAUGAACCUACCAAGCAGAUUGUGACAGGGAUGGAUAUUCCGUCAGAUUCAACAUCGACCUCUCUGAAAAGCUGGAAAGAUAGCAUUGGAUUCGCACGAAAAAUCGCUUCCCUCUUUGACCAUUGGCAAUUCAGCUAUUCUGCGUACGCUGACCCGGUUAUCAGCUGUGCCCUAUGGCAUGCUUACUGCGGACUGAGACUCUACGGUAUGUCCGGACUGGAUGAAUCCGUUUCCAGUUUAAGCUCCCCGGCAGGGAUCAGUCUUGAGAAGUUAAGACUAUCUCUGGAGAGCUUUACGCCAUGGUGGCCAAUUGCACGAGUGCUCAGAGGUAUGCAGAAAUCUGCACAAAAUGAUGUUUCUAUCAAUUCCGAAAACUCAGGCUAA